AUGGUUGCCGCCGAGGACAAAGGCACGUCCUCGAACGGAGCUGCGACGCAAGACGGAGCGAAUGGCACAUCGACUUCAUCACCCCUACGGACAGCAAAUGGCAGCACAGCAAAUGGCAGCACAGCAAAUGGAGAGGCUAAGCUUGCAGUAGCUACAAAUGGCUCGUCAACAAAAGGGAAGCGAGUAGGGGCGGGCCCGACCGAUACUUAUUUCGGCCACAACAGAGAAGAGGUAACUCGCAUCCUCAUCCAGGCCUUGACAGAUAUGGGGUAUCAAACCGCGGCCGAGAAUGUGAGCCAUGAAAGUGGCUUCAACCUAGAGAGCCCUACUGUGGCUGCAUUUCGAUCUUCGGUACUGCAAGGCGCCUGGAAUGAGACGGAGAAGCUGCUCAAUGGUGCCACUACGUUUGAGGAGCAGGGAGAGCCAGGCAACGGCCUUGUUCUCGCGGCCGGAUCAGAUCGAAGCACGAUGCGGUUCUGGGUCCGCCAACAAAAGUAUCUGGAGCUACUGGAGCAACGAGACACCACAAGUGCCCUCAUGGCUCUGCGCAACGACUUGACACCACUGUCACAAGACACAGAAAAGCUUCGCUUAUUAUCAAGUCUGCUCAUGUGCCGCUCAACAGACGAUCUCAUGGCUAAAGCAAACUGGGACGGCGCACAAGGCCGGUCUCGUCAUAGACUGCUGUCAGAACUCUCCAAAUGUAUAUCACCUUCCGUCAUGCUUCCGGAAACCCGCCUCGCCGUUCUACUAGACCAUGUGAAGAAAAGCCAGAUAGAUACUUGCCUCUACCACACGGCCGCCUCAUCGCCCUCCUUAUACUCUGAUCACUCGUGCGAGCGACGAAACUUUCCUACCGAAGUCGCUCUCGAGCUCUCCGACCUCAUCGGCGAAGCCUGGCAAGUCCAGUUCUCGCAUGAUGGCAGUAGACUUGCUGCGUGCGGCAGUAAUGAAGCCGUCGUGAUCUGGGAGACGACGGCAUUUGUCGUGACCUGCAUUCUUUCUGACCACGAUGCUGGGGUUGGUAAUAUCUCGUGGAGCCCCGAUGACACAAUGCUUGUUACUUGCUCACAAGAUAACUUUGCCCGUCUAUGGGAUGUUAGGUCGGGCAUAUUAAUCAAGAAGCUAGCUAGCUUCGACCAACCCGUCAGCGGAUGCCUGUGGGCUCCCGACAGCAAAUCCUUUGUGCUGGGCGGACUCUCGCGCGCACACGGGCUGUGCACCUUUUUCGUGACUAGCGACGAGAUUGAGCAAUGGGGUAAAGACCACCGCGUGCAGGACCUUGCUCUCUCCCCCGAUGGCCGGUGGCUCGUUGCCCUCGACGACCAGCACAAGUUUCACGUCUACAAUGCCAAGACGCGCGAGCUCAUCUACACUCACGAGCUCAAGACGCGGCCGACGUCGGUCAGCAUCAGCGAAGACUCGAAGCACAUGCUCCUCAACAAGCGCGACGGCGAGGCCCAGCUUAUCGAGAUUGAGACCAAGGCGCACAAGCAAAAGUUUUUGGGCCACACGGGUGGCGAGUUUCUCAUCCGCAGCUCAUUCGGGGGUGCCAAUGAAGGUUUCGUCGUCAGCGGCAGCGAGGACGGCAACAUUCUCAUCUGGCACAAGAACACGGGAGCGGCGGUUGAGCGCCUGCCGGGACACCAUCCGCGCUGCAACGCCGUGGCGUGGAAUCCGACGGAUCCAUGCAUGCUGGCAUCUGGAGGCGACGAUAAGCGCGUCAAAAUCUGGAGCAAUAAAGCGCGCGCCGCUGAAUUACGAACCUUGCACGCACGUGUGCCCUCCAAUGAGGAGGGAUGGCGCAUUUCAGAGGAGGGCAUUUAUUAG